CGAGGCUAAGCAAUAAGUUUUUAUGGCGGCCACUUUAAGACAAGGAUAAAGUUCACAUGCUUUGACAAAGAUAGAAAAUGACUGUAAUCUCUAGCUCCCUAGUUUAGCUAGAUCUAAAAACUCGCUGAGAUGAAGAUUCGUUUCACGUUCAUGCUGUUGAUUCUGGCAUGCUGCAUGUUGGGCCUCGCUUUUGUUAUUUUAUAUGACCCAGGGAAACAGACCUAUUUCAGAACGCUUGCCAAUGAAAUAACGCAUUCCAUUCAGCCAAGAGUUCAGAUAGAUUCUACUAUGAAUGAUGACCUAGUAGUGAUUUUCAACAGAGUUCCAAAGACAGGCAGCACCAGUUUCAUGAAAGUUGUCUAUGGACUGAUCAAUGCAAAUAAAUUCAGCUCAUUGUAUGUCAACAUUUCAAUAAAGCGACCAAUGACACUUCUUGGUGAAUCUUGGCUUAUUCAUAAUAUAAGUAGAUGGAAAGAAGUGAGACCUGUCAUCUUCCAUGGACACUUUCCAUUUGUAAAUUUUGUGAAGUAUGGAUCAAGCACAAAUCCUGUUUAUAUAAAUAUCAUCAGAGACCCCCUUCAAAGACUUGUGUCCUUCUAUUACUUUAUGAGAUAUGGUGAUGAUUUCCUGCCUCAUAAGAAAAGAAAAAGGAGUGGUGAUAAAACAACUUUUGAUGAAUGUGUUCAGAAGAAAGGUGAAGAUUGUCAACCAGAACUACUUUGGUUGCAGAUCCCAUAUUUUUGUGGAAACAGCCCAAGGUGUUGGCAUCCUGGGAGCAAAUGGGCUUUGGCACAGGCAAAAAAGCAUUUAGUAGAUCAGUACCUUGUUGUUGGGGUUUUAGAAGAAGUUGACAAAUUUAUAAGAAUUCUAGAUAACACCUUGCCAAGAAUGUUUAAGGGGGCUAUAUCAGCAUACUCAAAAGGUGGUGGCGUACAUGUCAGGAGGACAAGGCAGAAGAAACCUUUAACACAAGAAACAAUUGACUAUUUCAAAAGGUCAGAUAUCUGGAAGCUUGAAAACGAGUUUUAUCAAUUCGUACGUGGUUUGUUUUUACAACAAUAUGAUGCUAUGUUUAGAAAGAGAGGCAGUAAUUCUUUGAAAAAGAGUAAAAUUUUGUAUCAAAAAGUAAAAAUAAUAAAGCAUUUUACGCAGUAGAGCAAUUUAUAGCAAUAAGUAGAUAAGUUAAUUUUGUAAUGACAAAUGCAGACUCAAUUUUUUGUACAAUACUUACGUAAGGGGACAUCAAAUUUCUAUGAUAAAAAAUCCAGUAAAAUGGUAAUGCGAUUCGAUUAAUUGUUCACAAAGGGGGUAAAUCUUAAUUGUUCAUUAUGUGUUUAUUUUUUCCGCAAAAUGUUAUAAUUUCCAGUGGUAUGUUUAUCAACUGUUGUAUCUGCAAUCUUCCAGCUCAUUUUGAUAUUUGAAAAAAAUUUAAUAUGUAAUUACGUAAGGACUACAAAAUUUGGGAAAACUUGCUUUUAUGCUAAAUUUGGUAAAGUCUGUUUUUAGCCAUAUGAUAGAAAUAAAUAUCAACUCGUUUCAGACAUUCUACAAUUAGACAAAAGUAUAUUUAUACAAGCCAAGUAACAGUCCCACAAGUUGAAGCAAUUUCUGUCUUUAUUCAAGCAAAAAUAUACGUUACAAGCAGAGCAUUUAAUUGCCUUUCAUCUGCCUGCCACUGUGACCUUACCUCCGAGCUGCUGUCCUUUGCACCAUGCUCGCACACAUCACAGUGC